AUGGAGACACAGCUAGACCCCAUGAAGGAUGACUUGCCCUUAAUGGCCAACACUAGCUACAUGCUUGUAAAGCACUAUGUAUUGGACUUGGAUGUGGAUUUUAAAAAUAAAGUUAUUGAAGGCAUCAUAGUUUUAUUCUUUGAGACUGGGAGCCGGUACAGGAAAACCAGCAGUACUGGCAAAGAAGGCUGCCAGUCACUGUUUGAUGAAACCUGUCAAACGAGGGCAUCUGAACUCUGCCACGUUCCUCUGACAAAUGUGAGUGCCUGUUCAUCUAAAACGGAAUAUAAUGAUUUUGCUGUCUGUGGUAAAGGUGAAGAAGAUACUUCUGAUAAAGAUGGUAACCAUAGCAACGAGGAGCAGGCUUCUGGGAUUUCUAGUUCAAAGGACUGCUGUGACAUAGAGAAUCAUGGGAACAAGGAUUUUCUGCUGGUAUUGGACUGCUGUGAUUUGUCCGUGCUAAAGGUUGAGGAGGUAGAUGUUGCUGCUGUGUCAGGCACUGAAAAAUUCACAAGGUCUGCCAAGCUAACCGAUGUUUCAGAGGAGCUGGAAAAUCUCAGGAAUCAGAUUGUACAUGAACUUGUGACUUUACCUGCAGAUCGCUGGAAGGAACAGCUAUACUAUUUUACUCGCUGCAGCCAGGCGCCUGGCUGUGGGGAGCUUCUGUUUACUACUGGCACUUGGAGCUUGGAGAUAAGGAAAUCAGGAAUUCAGACUCCAACAGACUUUCCUCAUGCAAUAAGAAUAUGGUACAAAACCAAACCGGAGGGAAGAUCUGUUACAUGGACUACAGACCAGAGUGGCAGGCCAUGUGUUUAUACAAUCGGAUCGCCAAUAAACAACAGAGCCCUUUUCCCAUGCCAAGAACCACCCGUUGCCUUGUCAACAUGGCAAGCCUCAGUCCGAACAGCUGCAGGCUUUGUUGUGUUAAUGAGCGGUGAAAACUCAGCAGAACCAGUCCAGCUUCAAGAAGAGUGUGGAAGUUGGUACUACUAUGUGACUAUGCCAAUGCCAGCAUCCACCUUCACUAUUGCUGUGGGGUGCUGGCAGGAAGUUAAACAGCAGUCCUUCACAGCUGCUAUCCAGACAAAUGUUGAGUUUUCCUUGCCGUCUUCACAAGCUGAUUUCAGAUGGCAUGAAGAAAUCUGCGGUCAUGUGGAAUAUCCCUGCCGUUUCCAAAAUCCUGUCGCAAGGUUGCAGGCAGUCAUUCCUUAUAGAGUCUUUGCUCCCUGGUGCCUUAUGGAAUGCUGUGAAGAACGUUUGCUUCAGCUAAUUCCUCAGUGCCUCUCAGCUGCCUACACCACACUGGGUACCCACCCAUUUUCCAGGCUUGAUGUUUUGAUAGUUCCUUCGAACUUUUCCAGCCUGGGAAUGGCUAGCCCACACAUCAUCUUCCUAUCGCAGAGUGUGUUACCGGGAGGGAGCCAUCUCUGUGGAACACGUCUGUGCCAUGAAAUUGCUCAUGCUUGGUUUGGACUGGCCAUUGGUGCUCGUGAUUGGACUGAAGAGUGGAUAAGUGAAGGGUUUGCCACUUUUUUAGAAGAUAUAUUUUGGGCUAGGGCACAACAGCUGUCACAUGAUGAAGUAAAAGGACAGCAGGAAUUGAAAGCUUUGCUUCGCUGGCGACGACUCAGAGAUGAGGUGCAGAACUCUGAAGAAGAGCUGCAAGUUUUAAGGCCCAAAAAGGAGAGCACAGGAGAACUGAGUGAGUCUGGAGCAUCUGUUGUCAAACAUGGUCUUAAAGCAGAAAAAAUCUUCAUGCAGGUUCACUAUCUGAAGGGUUAUUUCCUUUUGCGGUCUCUGGCAAGGGCAAUAGGAGAGGCUUCCUACCUUGCAUCUUUACGAAAAUUUGUCCAGAAGUUCCAUGGGCAGCUUGUCCUUUCUCAGGAUUUUCUUUGCAUGCUGUUGGAAGAUAUCCCUGACCAAAAAGAAUCUGGGUUAACUGUAGAAAGUAUCUUCCAGGAUUGGCUUGACACUUCUGGAAUACCAAAGCUUCUCCCUGAUCAGCUGGUCUUACUUCUGGAGUCUCUCUUGGAGGAGAAGACGUUGUGUCCUAGAACACUGCAGUGCUUAGAGAAGACGUACCAGCUCCAGGAGCAAGAUGCUGAGGUUCGUCAUCGGUGGUGUGAACUUGUUGUUAAACACAAGUACGUGGCUGGGUAUGGAGAUGUUGAGAAAUUUCUCAGAGAAGAUCAGGCAAUGGGUGUGUAUCUCUAUGGUGAAUUAAUGGUGAAUGAAGAUGUGAAACAGCAAGAACUUGCACAUAAAUGCUUUGCUGCAGCACGAGAACAUAUGGAUGCGUCCUCAGCCAGAGUGGUGGCAGAGAUGUUAUUCUGAAGAGCCCAGCUGCUGGAGCAGCACGUUAGAGAUGUGUAGGCACUAGCUGGAGAGCAUGGAGCAUGGCUUUGUUGUAAACUUUGUAAUGGACUGUACAAGAGGCAACCGCUAAGUCAGAACGGCCAAGAGAAGGCCAGGCUUCACCUGCAGCUGUUUCCCAUUCUAUAUUCUUAACUCUGCUUCCAGAAAUGGCAAUUGUGCAAGGAUCAUUUCUGUUUAACGAAGCUGCAUGUUGACUUGAUAGGCAGCACAGUCUUUGAAAAGAAUCUGAGCCCACAGUGGAAGUACGAAGCUGUGCACUUGGAAGCAAAUCUGAAUCAUGUGAGAACAACCUGAUAAAUCAAAUGUUUCUGUGUUAAGUGUACUGAGGCCUUUGACGACUGACUAUGAGGAAAGAUCCCAGAGAAACUCUUUUAAUAUAUCUCCUACUAAACCCCGAUGGUACUAGGAUUUCAUUGACCCAAGACAUCAAAGGAAGGAUUAUGUGACUGCUAAAACAAUCAGCUGACAGAAACACUUACCUCUCAAUAUUUAUGUCUUCCAGAGGCUCACUGUAACCAAGAAAUCAAGCACAUGAAACAAACUACACACACACACACGUUAGUGUGGCUUUAGGUAGUUCUUUAAUACAAGCAAUUUGGGGUUUAUCCUUGCUCUUUGGUGAUACAACCAUUCCAGUUUGCAGAUGCCGAGGACUCUUGAUUUGAAUGAUUUUAUGCACUCCAGUAAUUUGGCCAACAUUAGUAAUCUCUGAAAUUUGAUGAAACUGUAUUCUGUAUGUAAAAUUUUGUUUGUAACUUCUAUGCCAAAUUAAAAAGUCACUAUAAAAUCAGCAGGAGCUGGGGUGGGGCUGGGGUUGUUAAUUGGAAGUGGAAAUAAUCUGUGAAAAGUGACCAGCUAUCAUCCUAGUGAUGGGAUGGGACUGAAGGAAAAACAAAGAUCAGCAUUCUCUCUCUGUCUUGUUUAGGUUAACUUUUACCAGAAGUGUCAGACCUUCCGUUUUCUGAAAAUGUCUUCCAUACCCCCGUGCUGCUCCUUUUGCACAGUGAUAGACAAAGUGUAGCUCUUCUUCCUUAGGAACAUACUGCUCCACUGAUCAGAAGACAUCUUAAUUGUUCCUUUCAGAGGGGAAGAAUUUAAAACACAAAAAUGUGUGAACAUAUUUACUUUGUACACUGUUGUUUUACAGCAGAUACUCUUGUAAAAAUAAAUACUUUUUUCAA